CGCGCGCCGUCUCCGCUCGCUCAGCCCGCGUUGCCGCGCGUCAUGGAGGCUCCGGGAGCCGCGGGGGGCGCCGUCCUGAGAGAUGUGGUGGCCUAUGUUGAAGUAUGGUCUUCCAAUGGGACAGAAAAUUAUUCAAAGACAUUUACAAAACAACUUGUGGAUAUGGGAGCAAAGGUUUCAAAAACUUUCAACAAACAAGUAACCCAUGUGGUCUUCAAAGACGGGCACCAGAAUACUUGGGACAAAGCCCAGAAGGUGGGGGCAAAGCUCGUUUCUGUGCUCUGGGUUGAGAAAUGUAGGACUACUGGAACACACGUUGAUGAAUCUUUGUUCCCUGCAAUGAACCUGACUGAACACUUACCAAGCCCAUUGAAAAAAAAACAUAAGUGUAUGCAGCCCAAAGAUUUUAACCCUAAAACACCAGAAAAUGAUAAAAGACUUCAAAGGAAAUUUGAGAGAAUGGCUGAAGAACUACAAAGGCAAAAAACAACUGUAGAUGAUGAGGAUAUUCCCAUUCUCUUGUUUGAAUCUCCCCGUUGCUUGAUGUACAGUCCCAUUGCUGCCAUUAGGAGUCACCACAGUGCAAUGGAGAAGAGGUUACAAGAGAUGAAGGAGAAAAGGGAAAAUCUUUCCCCUACCUUUUCCCAGAGGAUGGAGCAGUCUCAGCCAAGUACUAGUAACACGCAAUGUGAGGCAUCUUUGAACUGUUCAGAUGAGUUCUUUGCUGGUAGCUUAUAUUCAUCUUUUAAUGAACUAUGUGGAAAAUCAAAAGAAGGAACUCAAGAAAGGACACUGAGAGGAUUGGCUAAUAAAAUUACUAAUGCCACAUGCCCUUCUUCCUCAUCUGUAUUGAAGACAAGCUACACUCUGGGACCAUCAUCGCCCAGCCAGCUCAGUCAGUCCAGUCCUCAGAAAGCCAUGGGUAGUCACCCACAGGACACCAGCUGGCAAAUGGAUGUUGUGGGUGAGAGGGCUACACCAGAUGAAAAGAUCACCAAAGCUGUGCCUCAGCAGAUGUUUGGUGAGAAGCACAGCCUGUGUCCUGUGAUAGCCAAAACAGAUGACCACCUUUUGGCACAUUCCAGGCCCAAGAUUUCCUCAACAAAGAGAAGAAGAAUGUCACUUGACUUCCAUUCACCUCCAAAAGAAAAGCAGAAGAGGAAGAGGGGCAGGAAGGCUUCUCUGGGGCUGCAGCUGCUCACAUCUGCCCUGGGAACUCCUGAUGGUGCAGAGUCCUCUUAUGAGGACUACUUCUCUCCUGAUAAUCUCAAGGAAAGGAAUUCAGAGACUCUUCCUCUUGGAACUCAGCCACCAUUGAACCCUCUGUUCAGCUGUAGAAGUCUCUCAAAGUGGGAGAGAACAAGCGUAUUAGAAAAGUCUAAUUUUUCCUGCAUUGGUGAAAACCCCAAAUCUGACAACUUUACUGAUUUAAAAGCAAAAUCUAGCUCAAAUGUUGAGAAAUUCACCAGUCAUGUAGGGAAUAGAGCAUCUAGUGGCAUGCCUUUGGCGGGAACAUUUGCUGCUAAGCAAAGUCCAGGGCAUUGUAGGCAAGCUGGCCCUCAGCUGAGGGAAGACAUGGACCCAUUGAAAAGCACCUGUCUUGACACCCAGGACAACCCUGCUCAUCCAAAAGGACAUGUGGGCUGUGACAAACCUUCGAAAGGAAAAGUCAUGGAAGUGAGAGAGUCGGUUGAUAUAGGAAGCUUGCCCAAAGAAGGUCCCACUACUCAAGUGCUGGCCUCCUAUGAAAGUGAAACGCAGAACAACUGUAAUGAGUAUCUUGGCAAUGACUAUAAUGCGGAGAAGUCUGCGGAAGAAAAGGAGAACAUAUCCACAGGAUACAGGGAAAGUGUUAAUAAUGGACCAGUGAGGCACUGUGUUUCAGACGGCUCAUGUAAAGGCCUUGUCAAACCUCAAGAGGAUCCAAAGAAAAAUGAAGAAGGCAAAAAGCCAACAAGAACAUUAGUCAUGACAAACAUGCCAUCUGAGAAGCAGAACAUCAUCAUCCAGGUGGUGAACACUCUGAAAGGCUUUUCCUUUGCCCCUGAGGUCUGUGAGACCACCACUCACGUGCUGGUGGGGAAGUCUGCCCGCACUCUGAACGUGCUGCUGGGGAUUGCCCGCGGCUGCUGGGUUCUUUCUUACGAAUGGGUACUGUGGUCUUUGGAAUUGGGCCACUGGAUCUCUGAGGAGCCUUUUGAACUUCGAAACACCUUUCCCGGAGCUCCUGUCUGCCGACUUGAGCGACACUUGUGCUCUGGGCAAUACCAAGGAACCCUCUUUGCUGGGCAGCCAUCGAUGUUCAUCACACCAGACAGCAGCCCUCCCAGGGACAAGCUGUGUGAACUGGUGCUCCUUUGUGGAGGACAAGUCAGUCAAGCCCCGCAUCAGGCCAGCCUCAUCAUUGGGCCCUACAGUGGAAAAAAGGAAGCAACAAUCAAGUGUCUUUCAGAAAAAUGGGUCUUAGAUUCAAUCACUCAGCACAAAGUCUGUGACUUUGAAAAUUAUCAGUUGGUGCAGUGAUGAUGAGACAUCAGCCUGGGCAACUCCAUCUUCAGCACUCAGGAGAGAAACCACUGUGAAGCAGAGGCUGACAUGCAACAAAUAAUGUGCACCUUGUGUGUGUUGUGGGUUUUAUUCUCAGACUCUUUUAUUCUUUUUUACCUCUGUCAAUAUGGUGCUGGGGAUGGAACCCAGAGCCAUCCAUAAGCUAAGUAAGUGCUCUAGCAUUGAGCUACAUUCCCAGCCUUUUUAAUCUUCAGAACUCUUUAUGCAAUAAGUACUCAUAACUCAUUUUGUGUCUCAGAGAAGUCUUGGCAGCACCAUUUAGGCUGUCCUUUACAGUGCUAGUUUUGUGUCUGAGUGAUGAUCAUGAUUAAAAGUCUUUAAAGUACUGUCCUCCCAAAUAAAGGAUGAAAACUUA